AUGUCGCUUCCGGCAGAGUUAGAGUUCGGUCCACAUCGGCUGAAGCUGCUGACUGUCAGCCGCAAUGCCGAAGACGUUUUGGAUGCGCGGCGGUGCAGCGACCACGCCCUGACGGCCUUCUGCUACGUAGGGGAGAUGCAAGACACUUCCAUCGGUAGCAGCGGCGGCGGCACGGCUAUUGUGUGGUAUUAUUCCCCCCUUUACCAGUUUGAGCGCAAGAAGAUUCGCGUAGAAGAGAGUGUUAUUGCCGCAGCCCUUACGAAGGCCGUCGCCCAGCACGGUGGUGGGGGCGCCGCCGGACUCUCAAGCCCAAGCGUCUUUGUGGACGCCGCCUCUGUUGCCUCGCCCCCCUCCUCGGCUAUUCCCUCGCUGGUCGAUGUGAACGAAGAGGUGCCGGUGAAGAAGCCCGGCCAUCGCUUCUCCCUUCCUGCGCUUUACAUCCGGCUCGGCAAGUCGUCCACGUUCCGCGAGUACAAGCUUGUUUUUCCUGAACCGGCUGAGGGAUCCGCACCGCCCAAGGAAGAAGAAGCGGAGCCGCAGUGCAAGCCUCGCGCUGAGGAACACCACGUUACACCGCGACUGCUGAGUCCGACACUGCCCCGCAAGCCGCCGCUGAGGCCGCUUAGUGCACGGUUGGGCUCCUUCUCCGUGCGACGCCCAACACUGAAAAGGGAGGGACGGAGCAGCCUCAUGGACUCCAGCUCAGCUCGCAGCUCACCAACCCGCAUACAUGACGAACUCGCCGACGUGGCCACCGCACCGCAAGACGAUCCCCUCCCUUCUACAGUUUCCAACACCAAAGCCGGGGACGUUGGUGCCGCGGGGGCUGCGGUCGACAACGACGACGACGACGAUGGUGCGCACCCCGUCGUAUCAACCGCCACCGCGCCAGUCUUUUCGCCGCCGCCGCAAAUCUUGUCGAACGUGGUGAGCGUGGUGCACUCGCUGUCCUCUCCGCUGUGCGCGGUGCCAGAGUCUGACGCACACAAAGGCGCACUAAACGGCGCUGCUGCAUCGAGUUUCUCCUCUGGCUUUCUCUCCACUUCCAACUGCCUCUCAGGUCGGCUCUCGCAUCUGCAGACGAGUGUGAUGACUACAGCCCGCUCGCCAGGCGCGGAGUCGGAUGUGCGGCCCUCGUCAAGCAACGGCGCCAACGGCACCUCUGCGCAGUGCGGCGACGAUAUUCCGCUGCUUCUUUUUUCUUCCUUUACGGGGCCGGAAACACGGAGUCCGUCGGGCCCGACACCGCCGUCGCAGCGACUGCGCACGCAACGCCGUCGGCCGCUGCGGGCGCACGUUAUCCGUGCUCCCUCAGGCCAUGAUGGCCAAAGACCUAGUGGACCAGAUAGUCAAGGUGAGCUGGAUCAAGUGAAAACUGCCCCAACGACGUUGAUGCACGUGCACUAA